UAUAUGAAACCAUAUCCUCGUUUACUCGUCUCACACAGGCAUUGACUUAAGAGAGAGAGAGAGAGAGAGAGAAAGCUAGCCAAACAAGGAGCUCUAAAUUCCAUUUGAAGAUCGAUUUAGGGUUUUUAUUAGCCUUAUCGCAUCACAUAAAUAGGAAAGAACAGCAUAAAAGCUCGAACAGGAUUUUGACUAGUGAAAGAUAUAUGUAGUUUAUGUACGUCGAAAAGAGUUGCAUAAAGUUGAAAAAUCAAGGUAUAUUUGAGGAUGGGAGAAAGCCGUGUCUCCCAAUGUUCCAAGACAUGUACAAGCCCUUCUAACAUUGAUGAAGAAGAGUGUGAAAGCGAGGCCAAUGAAGAUCAAAGUAAGCAAAACAACAAUGGAGGAAGCUCAAGUAACAGCACAGUGGAAGAGAGUGAGAAAAAGAUAAGGCCUUAUGUUAGAUCCAAGUUGCCAAGGCUUAGGUGGACACCUGAUCUUCAUCUUCGCUUUGUUCAUGCUGUUCAACGACUUGGAGGACAAGAGAGAGCAACACCAAAAUUGGUUCUUCAAUUAAUGAAUAUCAAAGGUUUAAGUAUUGCCCAUGUCAAGAGUCAUUUACAGAUGUUUAGGAGCAAAAAGGUGGAUGAUCGAAAUCAAGUAUUUGCCGAUCACAAUAGUCUUGUUGAAAUUGGAGACAAAAAUGUUUAUAAUCUUAGCCAGCUUUCCAUGAUUCAAGGGUAUAAUCCGAGUCAAAGUAGUUCAUCCUACAACUACCCGAAUAAUUAUUCAAGCUAUAGAUUCGGGGAUGCUUCUUUUGGUGUCUACGAAAAUGUGCUACAAAAACCUUUGGAUUGGACCAAUGGAAUUUCUCGGGCAGGUUCAUCCAUUUUUGGUGAACAAUCAACAAGUAAAAUCUGUGAACCAAAAGAUGAGUUUCUCUCAUUUGGUGCUCAUGAUCAACCUCUAGGCACAAUCACAAGAUUAUUUAGCCACGUUGAUAACAUGCAAUCAAACAAUAUGCAACUUAGAGCACAAAAUCUCAUGCCUAAAAAUCUACCACAAUUGAAGACAUUGAAAAGAAAGGUUCCAGAUACAGCACCAGAUUUGGAUCUGUCACUAAAACUAAACUCAAAGAUGGAUUCUGAAGGAACCUUGGAGGACCACGAAGUAAUUGACAGCAACCUAUCACUCUCAUUAUGCUCUCAGUCCUCAUCCUCUAAUCAUAGCAUUAGGUUGAAGGAAGCACAAGAUCGAAGUGAGGAACGCGGGAAAAGGGCCAGUACCCUAGAUCUGACUACAUGAAUGAGACAAAUUCUCAGUGAGAUCUUGAGCAAUCAGCUUCCCAAUAGCGUCGCAUUGUGCUUUCAUCAUUGCAUUCUCUUCAGCUAGUUUGUCGAAGGUAGAUUCCCAGUAAACCAGUUGAGAUCUAAUCAUUGAAACUUGAGCCUAUAGUCCCAAAAUAACGGACACCUACGUAAGACACAUGCAUAUGUAUAUGCAUGCAUUCUAAAGUCCUCUAAUAUGAAUAUUUACAAAAGAAAGUGGUGAAAUAUUUUACAUGCUUGAAGAAGGAAUAAUUUAAAAAUGGGAAGUGAAGGUAUUAUGAACCAACGUUUAAGGAAGAUACUCACUUCAAGGGACUCAACAUGGCUCUUCAGAAGUUGAAGCCUGGCUAGUUUCCGGAGCCGAUAUCUCGCAGCAUACACCCUGUUGGCCUGCAUUCUGUAUAAACCAUGCAUGUUAUUAUUCAAACUACCAAACAUAUAUAA